GGCUCUGGACAGUUCCCCGGUCAUCGCCGACCUUCACCGCGCGGGCUCGGGCAAGGGGAUAAAAGAGCCCGGAGGAGCCAAUUGAAGUUUGGCCGCUGCCGCUGCCGCUGCCGCUACUACUCCUGCUGAGCCAGACGGCUCUGCGGCGGCUGCUGCUGUUCCCGCCAGCUGCGGUUCGCGCUCGGUGCAGCCGGGAGCCCAGCACAGCCGCUCUUCUUCCGCAGGGGGAGGAGAGCGCAGGCAGCGGAGGAGCGCACGAGCGGGGGGGGGGGGGGGGGGAGGGAAGAGCCGCGGCGGCCGGAGUCCCUCGGGUGCGCGCGCGCGCGCGCGGCUGCAGCCGGGGAGAAGGAGCGAGCGAGCGGUUCAUUCAUUGCUGCGGGCAGCCCCGAGGAAGAGCCGGCGCGACCCGCAGGCGAAUCCCGCCAGGCUACAUUCUUGGCAGGACGAAAGAUCCAGAAGGGCCUUCCUCCAUCUUCCUGACUCUUCAUGAGCAAAACAUCUGGUAGCCAAGAAGGGAGCCCUUCCCUGUGAACCCAACCUCAAGGAUGCCCUGGAACGUCAAGUGGUUGAAUAGCUGCAACAGCUACAGCUCCCAGUCUCAGAAACAAUGCAAGAAAUCCUCUUUUGCUUUCUAUCAAGCUGUGAGAGACCAGCUACCAGUAUGGCUCCUGGAAGACAUGAGGCGCAUGGAGGUUUUCCACUGGCAAGAAGGAGGCAAAGUCAGCACAUAUUCACCUUCAGAGGCACUGCUGUAUGCCCUGGUACACAACCACCAGCCUUAUGCCCGAUAUUUACUGAACCAAUUUCCUAAAAGUGCCUUUGCAGUACCGAGCCUUCACUUCAGCUGCUGCCACUCUUCAGCUCCUCACUUAGCUAUGGCUGUCCGGUACAAUCGUAUCCAUGUCCUAGUAGAGAUUCUGAAGGCCAUCAAAAACUUACCAGUAAGCGACCGAGCUACCUAUUUGGACCGCCGAGGUUGCAGUCGAGUGGAAGGUGGCAAAACAGCCCUUCAUGUGGCAUGUGAACUGGCCAGGCCGGAGUGUUUGCUUUUGCUGCUGGGUCACGGAGCCUCGCCUUGCCUUGGUGACUGUGCUGGGAACACACCUCUAGACCUACUUCUACAACAAAUUUGGGAAAGUCCAGCAUCAAAUCUCCGCACCAAGCUUCUCCUUCUGGACACGCUCUUGCUCUUUAUGCCGACAGGCUUCCCUUUUGCCAUGAAACAGCAAAUGCGGGAAGACCAGCAGCCCUGGCAGGACCUUCUGGGUGUUAGUCGGUAUCAGUGGUUGGCUGGUUUCGCUCCUUUCUCUCUCUUUGUUAGAUCCAUGCAAGUUUUAAUUGGGAGCAUUUCACGCGAACAUUUCCCAGAAGCUCUGGAUGGUCUACCUUUGCCGCACUUUCUGAAACCUUUGGACCUGAUGUUGAAGGGCUAAGAUUAUUAUAAGCUAGAGACCUCCUUCUCUCACUUGGACUGAUUGACUCUCUCCCCCCCCUCUCCCUCCUUUCAAUUGCUGCUUGUGUGAUGAAAAUAGGUUGUGUGGAGAACCCAUGUACUGAAAAAUGAACUCUGUGUGGGAGAAGGAGAAGCACUUGUUUUAAUUAGAGACUUUUUUCCAAAGAUUUUAAUAUGUUGUGUUUUAUUUAACUAUCGCUCAGUCGGAGAGAGUGGAACACCUAGAGUGCAUUCUAAAAAUAAAUUCCAUUUUAUGGCAGGAUGCACAGCUUAAAGCUUAACUUGCGCAUGAUGAUUUGUAGACAGUCCAAGUGAAUUAGCAUUUUAGGCCAGAAGCUAAAAAAAGCCAUGAAACAGAGAGUAGCUUCUGUAAUCCAUAAUAGAUCAACGGUAAAUAAUGCACCAAGUGGAUAUUGAUUGGUGCAAAAGAAACACCUGCAUAUACUCCCAAACAGCAAAAGGUUUAGAGUUUAGAGAGAGUUUAGAGUAAUUUAUUUAUAUGCCGCCCUUUUCCCUGGGGGGACUCAGGGCGGCUUACAACUCGAGUUUGGAGUAUGUCCAGUUUUUCAACCUUUUCUUUGUCAACUUCAAAUUAUGUGCCACAGGAUUGUAUGUAAUUUAAACAAACACAACACAACCAGAGAUUGAAAUGUUGGUUUAAGCUAUUACCUCUGAUAGAGUUAUGUCCAGCUAAUGUGAAAUGGAACAAAAAUACCAUUUUGUAUAAAAUAGCUAUUAGAUAUUAGAAAAAUUUGAACUAUUGGCCAGAUCUCCUUACUCUCUUGCUCUCUCAUUAUUUUCUCAUGACAAUAUAUUGCAAGAGUCAAUUUCUUAAAAGAAUUAUUGUUAUUUUCUCUGCCACCAAUAGUUCGCUUUUAUUUAAAAGUACACACAUCCAAUAGGAGGUCAAAUCAGCAGAGCAUUAAACAAAUCAUUAAAUACAUAGCAAUCUCCAUUGUAUUAAU